AUGACUAGUAGACAAUUGUGUCAAUCUAUACCAGAAUCUUAUCAAAUUAAUAGUAUAAAAAUUAUAUAUUUAACAUGUGCUACAGUAAUAACAACAACAUUUAUUAUAGAAUGUAUAUUAAUACAUUUAGUUGUACAACCAUAUUUUCAUGAAUCAGCAUUUACACAUACAAAUUGUACAUUUGUACAUGCACAUAUUGUAAGAAAAGAUGUAAAGUGUGAAAAUAAAUGUUCAAAAGAUCGAUCAAAAUUUCCAUGUUUAAAAGUGAUUGUACAAUAUUUUAAUGGAAAUAAAAAUCAUACAGUUAUAUUAUUUGAUAAUAUAGCAACAUAUAAUCAUUAUAAAUUACUUGGAUGUGCUACAAGUGCAUGUCAUCAUCGUGAUAUGGAUAAUACUGAAUGGGUUGAAAAAUUUCAACAACGUAUAAGACAUCAAAGAAAUUUUCAAUGUUAUAUACAUGCAACACAUGAAGAUGAAGCAUUAUUGUAUAAAUUUUAUACAUUUACAUCAGUAUUUCAUGCUAUCUUUUGGCCAAUUAUAUUAUUUUUAACAUCAAGUAUUUGUUUAUGUAUUAUUUAUUUAUUUGAUAAAUGUCAUGUAUGGACUGGUGAUCAAGAUGUAAUUGUUUAAAUUCAAUUCAAUUAUUGAUUGAAUUAUUUUUUUCUUUUUAUUUUCUCUUUUUUUUGGUUGUUGAUAAGGCACACACACACACACACACAAAAGAAACACCACAAAUAACAUGAGAUUAAACUAUAAUUUUAAGAUUUACAUAUUUUUCUCUUGUUUCUUUGUUGUUGUUGUUGUUGUCAUUGUUAAUUUUCUUUUUUGUUUGUUUGUUUGUAAAUAAAACAUUAUUAUUAAAUUCACUUGGUAUUGUUUACUUGUAUCUUUUCAUUAUUGUAUAGGACUGUAAUUGAUCAGUUUCUUGUUGGC